GUUGGAAUAGGUUACGUCACACAGCCUUACACAACAAUACAUAGAAUGUGUUCGUGUCUCUGUCUCAGUAUUAGUGAUAAUAACACAAAUACGGAAUAUGUGAAUAUUUUCUUUGGCAAACUGCAUUAUUUAUCAGGAUGAGGGCUUAUGAGAUCCAUUGAUGGCAAGAGACAAACAGACACUACCCCCAUGGAUAUCAUGAGUACAAGCUCAAAGUUGGGUCUGUUUUCAUUUGGGGAGUUUAUCAUGAAAAACAGCAAGAGAGCGACAGAAAAGCACAAUGGCAAAGAAUGCAAACGAAAUGUUAUCAUAUGCUCGGAAGAGAAAGUGUUGGCAGCCGAGGAUUUGUCAAAGAGGGUUGGCCAGAAAGAAGGACAGCAUGACAUUAUCAAAUGCAAAGAUAGAGAAAUGUUUGACCCCGAGAGGUUACCCUUUGCAAGUUUUUCAACCAUGUAUCUGUUAGUUGACACAGGUGUAGCUUCCCUAAUUCUAAGAAAGGGAAGGCUACACAAUUCUGUGUAUGACUACUUUGAAGGGCUGGAGGCUAGUGGGAAAAGGGUCUUUGUCGUCAACAAAUUUGAAGAAAAGAAUCGCAUGUUUAAUGAAGUGUUGUAUCAGCUCCCGGGCGACUGCACCAAGGAAAUGAAAGACUUAACCAUAACCUGUGUCCCAAGACAUAAGCCUCAACUGUCACAGUCGGAAUCCGAGCCAAGUUGGGAUUCUGAUGACGACAUGCAGACAGAGGGUGAACUGCCAAGUGAAUCCCUUGGGAAAGCAACAACAGAAGGUACAGAGGAUGCCUAUCAACUUAACCCUGAUGCUUUAUUGAACGAAGGGAGUGUACCAGAUCAUGAAGAUUUGAACUGUCAAAUUGGAAGUCACUGCACAAUGAACAUAAAGAAGUCAUCUAAUCAGAUCGUCAUAGCAAAACAGGACGGAACUGAAAACACAAUCAAUGUCAACGUUGUUCCUGGGCCAUCAGCGUCCAAGACUCUGCUCGUCAUCACCACAGACCCCCACAAUCCCGAGCUGGAGAAGCUGCUCGUCCAUGAGAUUGAUGCCAAGAAAGACGUAAUCAACAUCCGACUCAGGUCCAGUGAUGCUCAGAUUGUCACUGUACGGGCGGGGUCUGUUGUCAUCGAAAUUGACGUCGAUCCUGGUAGGGCCUUGGGACACGAAUGGCUAGAGUCGGUCGUGAAGGACGUCUUCGAUGGAGAUCUCAAAUCGCUUAUUCCGGAAGGAACAACGCUGAACAUGGACGUGCAGUCCAGUCUGGUCGUGCCAAUAAAAAGCCUUGGGAAACUUGGCGACUUUGUUCUCGCCAAUCCAGAGAAUCUUCACAAAAACUGUGUGCCCUCACGGAAGUAUGAAGAAAAAGUAAAAGAAGUUGAAUCCCUUAACAAAGCACUUUUGGAAACGAAAACAUCGAAGAAAACACCAGUGCCAUUCCAAGACAUGAAAACCACCAUAUCAGCUGGUAUGCUGGAGACGGUUCUUGAGGCUUCUAUUAACACUGGGGUCAAGUCAGACUCAGGAAAGUUUGACCCUAUCGACAUUGCCGUGAGUUGUGUAGAGCUGAUCGGACAGCUGUCUGGCCAGGAGCUCUGGGACUAUGUCAUCAUGCACCCACUCUAUUUUGCUGCUGACGGUCCUUUCUACAAUCAAAUGAAACGCGAUGUUGGCUUGGAACACGAUAAACACUGCAGACUACCGUCGUUUCCAGACAAGACAUUCUUCUACAAUGCGAAAUGUGAUUGUCUAGAACUAUGCAUCGACCCACAUGGCCACUUUUCAAUUGGUCCAGAUAUUGCACAAAGGGUUAACAUGGACAAAAUCACUACUGCUGAAGAAAAGCUCAACGUGGGCAAAAUGGACGUUAAAGCAAUGGACGUCAGGCCCAAAGUGUACAGAACAAAACGGGAAACAUAUGGAACUCGUGGAAAAUCAACAUCAAAAACAGGAAAGGGUCCGGUCGUUGCUUGACCCUACAUGUGGCACAAGAGACAGACACUUACUGAACAUUGUCUAGUGCAUAGAUAUUGACGUUGUUGUUGUUGUUGUUGAAGAUUGUUGUUGAUUUGUAUUCUAUUGCAACAAUGCUGAAUGGGUCCAUUUAUUGAACACCACCCUUUGUGGCCCAGGAUAAAUUGUGCUCCCAGAGAGCAUGCGAAACCCAGUCAGGGUUGCAUUUAGUCAACGUUCUAAUAUUCAACUUGCCCUUCAUGUCGAAGCUCCAGCUUUUGGUGUCUACAUAUCACACCUUUUGGGAUAUAAUCGAGCAUGCUCUUUCCAGGAAGAUUUCAAAGAGCGUCAUGCGACUCUUGCUCAAAAGUUGUUUGAUCAAGGUUACAGCAUUCAAGGGCUCACUUAUUCUUUCAAAACGCUUUAUGGUAGACACAUUGAGAACAUAUUCAAAUUUGACGCAUCAGUCCAAAAGUAAUGUCCAAUGCAAUUCCCUAUUUUGACAUGUACAUUAUGUUCCCGUGUUUUUUCAGUGAACAAUUUACUUACCUUUGCAUGUGUUUGUGACAGGUUCCACGCUCACCUUUUCGCGAACACCUAGCAUCAUCACUAUUUAAAAGUGACUCAUAAACACAUGCUCAUGAUGUAGUCGGAAUCGAACACAGACUCUUUCAGUAGAGAUUGCUUACGACUGGGGAAAGGGUUUUGUUGCGUUUAUUUACAUGGAGAAAUAUGCAUACUAUGGACUACGAUUUAUCGUCAUCACCAAUUUCACCUUGAUACAAUAUUACAGUAGGCAUUUCAAACCAACUAUUAAAAUUUAAACUCGAGGUCUAAUGCAAAGGAGGUGGGACACCCAGGUAGGAAGCAAUAAACUUCACGAAAUAAAACAAACAAUAGGUCAAACCUACUUGGGUUGUCAGUCAAGACAUGGCGAGGUCGUUUUACGACGAUGUCGUAUUGGCCACAGUUGAAUUACCUGCUUAAGACAGAUGAAGACGAACCUCCUAAGUGUAUCCCUUGUGAUGAAAGGUUCACCGUCAAGCAAGGACUUUGCAAUCAAAGCGUAAAUCUGAAAGAUCUCUUUUCCCUUGUCAGCGGGCAUCUUAUUAUCAGCUAUUUGAAAGAAAUUGGUCUGUAUAAUAAAUUUUAAAUAUGUAUGUGAAUAAUUAAAUGCUUGUUUUUAAAUUAGGUGUGAUGCAAUGAUCAACUGACAUUAUUGAAGGCUCUGUCAAGGGGGUUAAAGUGUCGUAAAAUUAUAGUCCCCCUGUGUGACACAUACUCCUAUCAUAAUCGAUGUAACUAUCAUCAACCAGUGUUUUUAAGCCAACUCAUUGCUAAGUAUUUUUUAAUAUCGGCUAGUAUUGUGUACAACCACCAGUACCUAAAGUGAUGACGUAAAUCCUGCUGGGGUAUCAUGCAAGGAGCAGAGGUACUGUAAGUCCCCAUGAUCCCCAGCGAGGUGGCCUAGCUUGUUUCUGGUGGCGUAUAGCCCGUGUUUUAAAACUGUAUACAUGAUAUUGUCAUGCUCAAAUAUGUUUCAUAAAUUGUUUCUGAAUAUAGUAUGCUCAAAUAUGUUUCACAACUUGUUUUUGAAUAAAACUUUGCAUAAAAAACUAAAUUGU